UAAAUAAAAGGCAUUUGUGGUUUUGAAGAACUCUGUUUCCUUUCUUUGGCUUACCAGAUCCAAUCUGAGAGUAUAAAGGCCUUUUCAGCGGAAAAAAGAUUACAGUUUUAGCAGUGCUAUUUAUAUUCUCAGUUCCAGUGUCUAAAUCUUUAUUCAUUUUUGGCUACAUUGUUCUCCAAAUAAAAGGUCUGUUACAUUUUUUGUCUGUUUCCAUUGUUGCAGAAUCUAGUGGCUCUGUUUUCUCCGAACUAAGCAAGCAGCUAAUAAUCGCGGGAAGUUAAGGAAAAAGCAUCAUGUUCCGGACAUCACCACGCAGGAGCCAGAGAUCAAAAGGUUUUAAGGUAAAGCAUGCUUUACAAAUAUGUCUUCUACUUGGUGUUGGAAUCUGGCUGCUUUACCAAAUCAGGCACUCUCACGACAAGAAAGUGGCAUAUGAUGAUGGUGUGAAAAAAGUGGCAUAUGAGGGUAGUGUCAAAAGUAGGAAUGAGAUGAUGAAGGUUGUGGGGAGAAAGGGCCUUCCUGGAGCCGAGGAAACUGUCGUUAGAGAUGUGAGACCUAAAGAGGAAGAAGAUGAAAGCAAGAAUGAAGAAGAAACUAAGCUUGAUGGCAACGUUGGCACUGGGGAUGGAGAUGGUGAAAUUCAUGAAGAUCAGUUUAACGAUAAAACUGAAGAUGGAACUGAGCAUAGCGGGGAUUCAACUGAUGGGGAGAAGGAGGGUGAAGAAAACAAGGAGAAUGUUAGUGAAGAUAAGAGUAAUGAAGAGAACAAAGGAAAUGAUGACGGUGAAGAAAAUGUGAAUGUAGAGAGUAAAGAGACCGAUAUUCCAGAAAGCAAGGAUGGGGAAAAGGAAGGAAAGGAGAAUGAAGAGACUGAAAGUCAAGAUAAGGCGAAUCAAGGGAGUGAAGGAAACGAAAGUAAAGUGAAGGAAAGUGCAGAGGAGAGUCAAGGAGCAGAAAUUAAAGAAGUUGUAGACAAAAGCGAUGGGGAUGAAACUAAAGAGACAGAAAAUAAAAUUGAAAAUUCAGGUUCAACAGAAGAUCAGGUUAACGAUGGAAAUGAUGAACAUAAUAAGGAGGCAAGAGAAGAGCAUUACAAGGGAGAUGAUGCUUCCAGUGCAGUUGUCCAUGAUACUCAAAAUUUAACACCUGGAGAAGAGCAAGGUAAUUCCGAGAAAACUAAUGAUGUGGAACAGGUAGAUAGCAAAGAGAAGAAUGAACUUGAUGCCAGUAAAACAAAUACCGGUGAGGCAAUUGAUGUUAAUCAAAAUGAAGUUGCAAAUGCAACAGAAAAUGAACCGAUGGAAAAGAACAAUGCAGAUAGUGAAGAGGGUGACAAUGAAAAUAGUAAGCAAGGGUCAGAGAAUGGUUCCCAUGAUUCAUCCACAGUAGCAACAGAUUCAAAUGAGCAGCAGCAGGUGGAUUCUAAUUCCAUUCCGGUUGCUUCAGAAAGUAAUGAUUCCUCUCUACAGAAUCAAAGUGAAACACAAGAUAACACAAUGUCAAAAGAAGAGUCAGCUGCAGAUGAUGCUGUGAAGGAUCAAACUGAGAAAUCUGGUUCAGAUGCCAGCAGCCAACAAUCAGAUUCAAAUGCUUCACCUUCCACUACAACUGAGAAUAUAGGGUCAACUGAUCAAGAAUCAACAGAUUCUAACAAUUCUGAAUCUGUUGAGAAAUCUGACUCAGAUGCCAGUAUUCAGCAAUCAGAUUCAAAUGCAACGCCUUCCACUACAACUGAGAAUGUAGAGUCAACUAAUCAAGAAUCAACAGAUUCUAACAGUUCAGAGUCCACUGUGUCUAAUGAACAAACUGUCAACUCCAAUGAACCUUCAUCAGGAAGCCAAAAUGAUGAUUCUGUUCAAGGUGAAAAGUCCGAUAGUAAUUACGGAGAGGGAAAUCAAGAAAUUGUCCUACCAACAAAUAAGGAUGAAAAUACAGAUGCAGCAGGGCAGACGGAACAUAUUGAUUCUUCCAAUUCCCAAGAGAAAGACACAUCAUCAGCUUCAAAUAACAAUGGCGAUGCUGGCCAAAAGGAACAAUCUCAUGUGUCCUCGGACACAGAUGAAGAGGGUAAUGCUGGCCAAAAGGAACAAUCUGAUGUCUCCUCAAACACAAAUGACCAUGGUGAUUCGGGCCAGAAUCAUGAUGACAAUAAUGCAGUUCAGAGCGACACAGACAAUGGCAAUGUAAAUGGCAGUGCAGACACAAACCAAAAGGAGCAGGCUGAUACGAACAGCAGUGAUGCUGGUCAGAAUGACAAUAACAGUUCAGUCCAAAGCAACGCAAAUGAUGAAAAUAGCAAUACAAAUGACAGUACAGAUGCAAACCAAGAACAAGUUAGUUCCUCCGAAUCCUCAACAUCCCAAGAAGAGAAAGAUGCACCCUCAAACACUUAUAGCAACACUGAUGUCAACCAAAAUGACUCAAAUAAUUCAUCUCAGAAUGAUUCAUUGAAUUCUUCAGUUUCUCAAGAAGAAAAAGAGGCACGAACCGAUUUGGGAACCUUGCCGGAAACAGGAAACCAUGGGAUUAAUGGUGGGGAUGAUGCAACUGAGUAAAGUUUCUACUAAGUAAUUGUGUAUGCAACCAAAUAUUCUUGUCGUAAAGAUUUUGUACUUUUUUUUUAUUGACCCUGAGAUGAUCAGGCCAAUUUAUAGGGUUCUAUGGUGAUUAUUUGCUUUAUUCCAAUCACAGUGCACUAUUGUUGUGUAUGCUUAAUUGAGACAAAAUUAAGUUUAGAAAAUUAAUUAAGGUUUUGAUAUAUAAUAAUAAGAGAUUCCAAAUUUCGCCA